AUGGGAAGUGGGAAAGAAGAAAAAAUGGAACACAAUAUCACUAACAGCAACUUAGACGUGCAAAUGAAAGUGAUGGAGACGGAAACAGUAUGUACGAAUCCGGUUAGGGAGGAAAACAAAGAAGACGAGGCAAAAACAAUGAAAACGUCGCAGGUAUCCUCCAUGGAAGUGGUAUCCCGGACAAAGAAGAGGACAAAGCCCGGAACAAAGAAGGGGACAUUCUUCAGGAAGCCGGGCCAGCGAGCCACGAGGGCCGCAACAAGAGAAAGUGUAGGAGUGGAAUCUUCGGCAAUGGAGACAGAGGCAGUAGAGAUUAGUUCCUCAGAGAGUGAUCUAGGAACAAGUCAAUCUAUAGGAAGGGGAAGUAGGAAUACCAUAGAGAAGGACUCAAACACGUCCCCACCGGAAAAGAUCAACGUUCUGAACACAGGCUCUAAAAAGCCGGCAGGAAACAGAAAAAGAGAAAGAUCUGGAUCGGUUUCGGACAGUAGCAGAGGACGAACCACAGGAGAUUAUGUAGGGAGAAGAGAGGCGAUUGUUAAAUACAACAUAGCAAAGGAUGAAGCCCUUCAAUUAGAUAGGGAAAAGAUUAUUAGAGAAUACAGUAACAAGGAGCUCUUUAAGAAGGCUAAGAUUAAUAUAGAAGGAAUAAAAGAGCAGAUGGAAGAACUUACAAAUGAAGAACUGGCAGAGAAGGUGCAAGACAACCUUAUUGAAGUGCUUAAAAUAGCGAGAACGUCGAAUAACCUUAAAGGAACCUAUCAAAAGAGUCUCAAGAUGGCAGCGGCAGCUUCCAUGGGGAUUCUUCAAAUUUUUAAGGAUAGGGCAACCCUUUCUAAAGAGGAGGCUCGAUCAGAAGAGGUAAGAGCGUUGAAGAGGGAGGUUGCAACUUUAAGGAUAAGACUUGAAGAUGAGGUAGAGUCAGAGAGGAGAAAGGCGUUACAAGCAGCCGGCGAAGCCGAAGCGUAUAAGAAAGAGCUACAGGCUCUCAAAAAAGAAAGACCCAACAGAAAAGAUAAAACUCCGAAUCCAAAGGAGGGAUCAACAAAGAAGACCUUAUCUAAAAAGAGUCCGAGGAGAAUCCCGUCGGCUAAAUUUACGGCAAGGGACAAAAUGGAGUCGUCUGACACUGACCUCAUGGAGGUGGAAGAAGAGCCAGUUAGGAAAGUGGUGUUAGACACGCCAGAAAACUGA